AUGCGAGGAGGGUCUUCUCGUUUAGCACCUGCUCUUGCAGCGCGCGCACUCUUGUCACCGUUCGGGAUCGGGAUAUCAAAGAGGAUCGCGCUUGUCGGCAGCGGCAACUCGAUCACAGCGCUGCUAGUGAAGGAAAGCGUACCAGCUGGCACGCCAUUGCUCCUCGCGCCGGAUGCUGCGCUGCUCACGUGCCAGGGUGCUCUCGACGCAGACGUGGACGGUCUCGUGCCACCACCAGUGGAAAUGCUGGAGAUGCUGAAGCGCGAAACGGCGCAUCUCGAUCACGUUUACCUAGCGCACUUUCUAUCGCUGCAGUUCUUCACGGACAAGGGGAGCUGGUUCGCCGGUCAGAUUCAUCGCUUCAAGGAUAGCGGCUCCACUUCGAAGAAAGAUGCGGCUAGUUCGCGUGUCUGGGAACGGUUUGCGCGAGAAUACGUAACCGCCCCUGCACCGGUCUUCCUAGCCGCCCUGCAGUACGUCUGGGAAAGUUGCUUUCGCAAGACUGCAACAGAGGUGGCAUGUUUGCCGCCUGCUCCGCUACCGGCAGCGCUUGCGGUUGCGCCAGUAGUCGAUGUUGCCGUGCGAAGCCGCAACACCACGAAUUCGACACUCACGGCUACCACCGCAAAGGUGGUCAGAGAGACUUACCUGAAUGGCGACAUCACCGGCGCACGGCAAGCACUCUUGGCGAAAAACGAUGCGUACGCUUACUGGGUUCUCACCGCCAUUACAGAUAUUCCGGUUGGCAGUGAAGUCUCUGUUUCCCCGCAGCCUUCUCUCUAA